UCAAGAACAGGGUUACAAAACCUUUUCCUAGCCAAACAGCAAAUACACUACCGGCGGAAAUCCUUCAGAACUUGCCGCAUAAGGACUAACUAAGGCGGCCUGGAAACCGGUUGCAUUAGCAUUAGACCCGAACGCACCGUGUGUCUGUUGUUUUCUGCACACAUUAAGUCGCGCCCAGAAUAACUCUCGUGACAGUUUUUUCCCACUGACAUUGAAAUUUCGCACCUGCGCCAGCUGCAUUCAGUUGUAGCAAAAAUUAUUCUGCGGUAUUUUUUGUCGGCCAACAACGCGGUGAUUUAUUAUCUGGGAAGCCGUGGUAAUUUCACAUCAUGAAAUUCGCUAACAUUUGCCGGUAUUUGCUGGCAGUGGCUGUCUUCGCCGUUGUUGGAGUAUCCUGCCAAAAUGAGCGGCGGUUUUCCGAAAAGGAAGUCCUGGAUAUGUUGCUGGAAGGCUACGAUACUAAGCUCCGCCCUGGCCUUAACAGCACCGGUGAAAGUCAGCCGGUGCAUGUGCGCGUCAACAUGCUCAUCCGCAGUAUUACCCGUGUGGACGACAUCGCUAUGGCGUAUGACGCCCAGAUAACACUGCGCACCGAGUGGAACGAUCCGCGACUGGCCUACGACGCGCCGCACCUGGCCCAUCUCAACCUGCCGGAUCCCGAUCGCAUCUGGAAGCCGGAUCUGUUCUUCCAGAACGAACGCUCCGCCUACUUCCACAUGGUCCCCACUCCCAAUGUCAUGACACGGAUUACUCCCAACGGCGACGUGAUGAACAGCGUGCGUCUGACGGUGACCUUUGGAUGUCCCAUGGAUCUGCGCAUGUUCCCCAUGGAUCGGCAGGUGUGCGAGAUCCGUAUGGCCAGUUAUGGAUUUACUAGUCGCGAUGUCAUCGUGGAGUGGAAGACCGGAGCGGCUUCGGAUUUCCAGCCCAUUCAGCUGGCCGCGGAUCUCACCAUGGCCCGCUUCCGUCUGGUGGACCGUAAAGCCAGCACGUGCACUUCGCACACCACUAGCGGAACUUACUCCUGCAUCAAAGCCGGAUUGUUUCUCCAGCGUGAACUCUCCUACUAUAUCUGCCAGGUGUACCUGCCUACGACCGUGCUGGUGCUGGUGUCCUUCAUCAGCUUCUGGUUCGACGCCGGCGCCACCACCGCCCGCGUCCUCAUCGGCGUUAUGACGCUGCUGACCAUGGCAACCACCCAGGCCGGCAUCAACUCCCAACUUCCGCCGGUAGCCUACACCAAAGCGAUCGACGUAUGGACCGGCGUGUGCCUGUUCUUCAUCUUCGCCAGCCUCCUGGAGUUCGCCGCCGUCCACUAUUAUUCGCGCGCCGAACGUCGGCACACUAACACGGUGGUGCGCAUCGACAACAACGAGCAGCCGCUGUUGAGUGACGCGUACGGUCAGCGCAAGACGUUCGGUCUGCAGAUACCGGUGGCCCGCGCCCACAAACUGGACUUCCUCUCCCGUCUCAUCUUCCCGCUGGGCUUCCUGGUUUUCAAUAUUCUCUACUGGAGCAUCUACCUAGCCACCGUCCGACAAUGGCCGGAUCCUUACUAAACCGUUAAUCAAAGACCGAUGUUCGUUCCUGCAAAUUGAUAUGCCCUAAUUACCGGCUCUGUAUAAGAACAUUCGAUGGAUUUGAAAAUUAUAUUGCCAAAUAUUCAAUUUUGAGUGGCUAUAUGCAGUUUUUGUAUUACGGUUUUGGGAAUUGCUAGACCAGGGUCUCCCAGGUAUAAAAUGCGGGAUUAUUGUCUACUCUCUCCGGUUUUGCGAGUUGUCUUCGCACUUCGCCCUGUAUUCAACAUUCUGGUGAAAAUAAAGAAUGAAAUAAAUAACAAGAAAUGCUCUA